AAGAAACGAUUCGAAGUGAAGAAGUGGAACGCUGUUGCUUUGUGGGGUUGGGAUAUCGUCGUCGACUCUUGUGCUAUUUGUCGUAACCACAUCAUGGAACUUUGUAUUGAAUGUACUGCUAACCAACAAUCUGCCACCAGUGAAGAAUGUACCGUUGCUUGGGGUGUUUGUAAUCACGCUUUCCACUUCCACUGUAUUUCAAGAUGGUUAAAGACCAGACACGUUUGCCCAUUGUGUAACUGCGAAUGGGAUUUCCAAAAGUACGGAAAAUAA